GUCUGUGUCCCCCGUGUGUCCCCUGUGUCCCCCGUGUCCUGUGUGUGUCCCCCGUGUGUCCCCCCGUGUCCUGUGUGUGUCCCCUGUCUGUCCACCUGUCCCCUGUGUGUGUCCCCCGUGUGUCCUGUCUGUGUCCCCCGUGUGUCCUGUCUGUGUCCCCUGUGUGUCCCCCGUGUGCUGCGUGCCCACGACCUCCCCGUCCCCCCCCCGACGACACUGCCACCUGCCGCGGGCGCUGCCACCCCUCGGGCCACCACCGGCACCCCGACGUCCCCCCGGUGUCCCCGGGGCUGCCCCCCCGCGCGGUGCCAUCCCGGGCCGUGCCAGCAGAUGUCACCCCGUGCCCGCCCCCCCGGGACCCCCGACCCCCGGGGGUGUCCCCAUCAUCCCCCAACCCCGGCAUGUCCCCAAAGUCCCCUUGGAGCAGCCAGGGUGACACCUGGGGACCGCGCUGGGCCAGCUCGGCGCCCCCAGCACGCCCCAGUACAUCCCAGUAACCCCCAGUAGCUCUGGUGGCCACCGGGGCGAGGCGAGUGGCCACGCGCGGGUGGCAGGUGACACCUCUGGGGACAGAGGGGGGCACACCGAGGCGUGCCUGGGGGGGGGUCUCACGCUCGGGAGCGCGCACGGACCGGGCCGGGGGGGGCGGGGGCGUCCCCGCCGUGCCCGCGCACACGCGCGUGCAAAAACCCCCCCCGGCCGUUAAUGAGGAUGAGCUCAUUAACGGGGAUUAACGCCUAUCUAUAGCGGGGCGGCGGGGGCAGCCCCGGGCCCGCGGCGGGGGCUGCGGGGGUCCCCGGUGCCGCCCCCGGCCCCGCUCCGGCCGCUGCCCGGUCCCGGCCCGUUCCGGGGCGGAGCCGCCGGCACCGAGCGGGGAGCGGAGCCGUUUCCCCCCGCUCGCAGCCCGGGGCGGGGCGGGGGGGCCGCUCUCAGCCCCACCCGCCAUGCCGGGGGUCCCGCUGCCCUUCGUCCUCCUCCUCCUCCUCCUCCUCCUCGCCGGGACCCCCGCCCGCUCCUUCCCGCGGGACCUGGUGGCCCGCAGCACCGUGGGGCUCGCAGCCACGGCCGCCUACCCGCGCUUCGGGGGUCUCCGGGGGGACAACGGCACGGCUCGGCUCGGCCUGGCCUUCCAGCGCAUGCUGCGGCUCAACGGGACGCUGCUCGUGGCUGCCCGGGAUCACAUCUACGCCUUCGACCUGCGGCAGGACCGGGGGUCGCUGUACCCGGAGCGGCACCUCACCUGGGAGACGCAGGACAGGGAGAACUGCGCCAUGCGGGGCCGGCGGCAGGACGAGUGUCACAAUUACAUCCGGGUGCUGGUGCCCCGCGACGCCGAGACCCUGCUGGCCUGCGGCACCAACGCCUUCAGCCCCCUGUGCCGCACCUACCAGGUGAGCAGCCUGGCACAGCAGGGUGAGGAGGUCAGCGGCCAGGCGCGGUGCCCCUUUGAUGCCAAGCAGAGCAUCGUGGCCCUCUUUGUCGAUGGCAGCCUGUACUCGGCCACGGUGGCCGAUUUCCAGGCGAGUGACGCCGUGAUCUACCGCAGCCUGAGCCCCGGGCAGGCCCCCCUGCGCACCCUCAAAUACAGCUCCCGCUGGCUGCAGGAACCCCACUUUGUCCAGGUGCUGCCCUACGGCCCCUACGUCUACUUCUUCUUCAGGGAGGUGGCAGUGGAGCUCAGCGCCCUGGGCAAGGUGCUGGUGGCCCGCGUGGCCCGGGUGUGCCGCAAUGACCGCGGCGGGUCCCCGCGGGUGCUGGAGCGCCGCUGGACGUCCUUCCUGAAGGUGCGGCUGCAGUGCUCCGUCCCCGGGGACACCGUCUUCUACUUCGAUGUCCUGGAGGCCGUGACGCCCCCCCAGACCCUGCACGGCCGCCCCGCUGUCCUCGCCCUCUUCGGCACCCAGCCCAACAGCAUCCCCGGCUCGGCCGUGUGCGCCUUCUACCUGGCAGACGUGGAGCGCUCCUUCGAGGGCCCCUUCGCCGAGCCCCGUGGGACCACCUGGGCCCCCGUGCCAGAGGAGAGGGUCCCUCAGCCCAGGCCGGGCUGCUGUGCCGGGAUGGGAGCUGCUGCCGGCGUUGUCACCUCUGGGGACUUCCCUGACGAGACGCUGCUGUUCGCCAAGGAGCACCCGCUGCUGCACGGCGCCGUGGGCCCCGCGGGCGGGCGGCCGCUCUUCACCCACACCGGCACCAGGCUGACCCAGCUGGCCGCGGACACGGGCGCGGGGCCCCGCGGGAACCACACCGUGCUGUUCCUGGGCGCCGAGGACGGGCGGCUGCUGAAGGUCCUGGCAGCUGCACAGAGCCCCGAGGCCACGCAGCCCCCCGGGGGCACCCCGGCACCGGGGGACACCGGGGAGCCGGGGGACAGCGGGGACAGCAGUGGCAAGCCGCUGCUGCUGGAGGAGAUCAGCCUCUACGACCCCGGGCGGUGCCACAGCCCGCGGGGCUCCGGGGUGCCCAGCCGGGUGCUGGGGCUGGAGCUGCACCUGCCGGGCCGGGAGCUGCUCGUGGCCUUCGCCGGGUGCCUGCUGCGGCUGCCCCUGAGCCGCUGCGCCCGCCACGGCUCCUGCCGGGGGAGCUGCCUGGCUGCCCGAGACCCCUACUGUGUCUGGCUGCCCUCCAGGGGCUGCGUCCCCUUCUCCGAGGACCUUCCGAGUGGCUUCCAGCAGGACGUGGAGGGAUCCCUGGGGAUCAGCGGGACCUGCCAAGGGGCUGCAGAGGAUGAUGAUGAGGAUGGAGACCUGGCCCACGGGGUGCGGCACCCGGGCCCGGCGGCCGAGUCGACGGUGCCGGUGCCGGUGCUGGUGGGCUGCGUGCUGGGCGCCUUCGCCCUGGGAGCCCUGGCCACCGGGCUGGUGGCCACCUGCUGCCAGCGCCCCGCCGUCCCCAAAGCCCCCCCGGAGCCGCCCUGCGCCCCUCGGAGCCCGGCCCAGCCCGCCGUGCCCCGCCUGUACCCCGCGCUGCCGCCCCAGGGAGGGAGCGGCUCCUUUCGGGACCCCCCCGAGCCGCAGCCCGAGCCCCCCGCGCCGCCCCCGGCCCGCGCAGCCCGGGAGCCCCCCGGGCCGGGCGCACCGGGCAGGGCUGCCCGGGAGGAGCUGCCGCAGCGGCCGCCCGGGGGCUCGGCGUGGCCGGUGACCCCCCCGGGCAGCGGCUCCUUCACCAACCGGGUGCUGCCGCGCUCCGCGGGUCCCGGACCCCCGUUCGGCCCCCACGACCGGGCCCCGGUGCGCCUGGAUGUGCCCCCCGACAGCCCCCCGGCGCCGCGGCGGCCGCUGGCACCGAGCCGCUCGCUGGGGGGGACCCCCGUGAGCCCCCCCGGGCCGCCGCGGGGCCUCACCCGCAUGCACUCGCUGGGGACACCGGGGGGCACAGCCUGGGGACCCCGGCCCGGCGCCCUGGAGCGCUCGCUGUCCGUGAAGCCCCCCGUGCUCCCCAAGCCGCUGCUGCUGCCCGCGGCCCCCGGGCGCCACUGAGACCCCCCCGGGACGCCCCAAAUGCAGCGGGGGACCCCGAGCUGUCACCUGCCCCCACGGACCCAGCUCUCUGUCCCCAUGUCACCAGGACAGACAGGGAUCCCGUGUCCCCACACUGCAGUGACAAGGUCUCCAUGUCUCCCGUCCCCCCGGUUUUGCUUUUUUUUAAUUCUUUCUAAUUUAUUUUCUGUUCGUGGGGGGGAUGGGAGUUGCUGUCACCCCCCUCUUUGGGGACACCAGGAAAGGGGGACACAUGGCCCAGCCCAUCCUACUGUGUAGGAGCAGGGCUGGGCCGGGGCACUGCAACAGUGGCACAGGAUUUUAAUAAAAAAUACACAACAAAAAAAUGAGC